GCCCUGUCAGGGUUCUGGUCUCGGGGACCAGGCUGCUUUCUGGCAGCAGGGGGGCAGCGCGUCUGCCCCUGUUCAACCUUGUAAGGAUGAUUCCUCAAAAAAAAAAAAAAGCCUCCUCGCCCAGUUCACCGGCCACUCCCGCACGCCUGGAUCGGUGGUAUGUCAGUGCCACCGCGGGGCCGUGGGUGGUGGAUGUCGCUCGCACGUAUGGGGCGCCUGGGGACCACAACGGUGUGCUGCUCACCCUGUCCUUGCCCGACCUGCCACAUGCGCACCGGGAGCAGUGGCGCUUCCCCACGUACCUGCUGUUUCACCCCUCGCUGCGUUUGGAGCUCGAGCAGCGCUUGGAGGCGCACGUUGCCGCAAAUCCCGUGGCCAGUACAGGUGACGGCGCUUGCACGCAAUGGGAGGCGGACAAGUUCUUCUUGCGGGAGGCCGCCACCAGCAUCCACCGUCGGCAUGCACGCCAGACCCGGGAUGGGCUGCAUGGCGUGGUGCUGGCCGCAGACGCGGCCGCUGCCCUGGCCGACCGGCCGGGUGCCAGCGCCGCACAGCGUCAGGCUGCGGCCAUGGCCAACUUGGCGGUGCGGGAGGAGCGGGCAGCUGCCGCAGCGGCCAGCCACAAUGCCCGCGCUGCACUGAUGGAGGAGCAUGGGGAGCGGGGCACUCGCUGGUUCCAUCGGCAGGCUGAUGAGCCAGCAGCCGGCGCGCAGGAGCCCAUCACACACUUGAAGGUGCCGGGGCAACUGGCGCCUGUGGCGCUCACGGGGCCGGGCACGCGCAACACUGUCUCCGCAGCCGCUGCAGCCAUGUACAGCAGCACCAGCCCCACCGGCCUGUUCCGCGUGCAGCCGGUCUGUACGGCGUCGCAGCAACAGCUUCUGGCGGCCAUUGACCGCAAGGUUCCAGCGGAUCUGCAGGCCGCCGCAGAGGGGUCCGGUGACGGCGCCCUCAGUGAUGCCGAGCUGAUGGCAGCGCUGGCUGGCUCCGCCAAUGGUAAAGCGCCUGGGUCGGACGGGGUCCCGUACGAGGUGUACAAGGUUUUCUGGGCGCUGCUGGGUCCGCGCUUGUGUGCUGCUGCUGCCGCUGCCUUUGCUGCCGCUGCAGACGCCCACGAUGGCGGCAAAAUGGCGGCGGCGCUGCCCGCCUCCUGGCGGGAGGGCAUCAUCACGCUCAUCUACAAGGGCAAAAGCCUGGACCGCGCCGAGCUGGCGUCCUACCGGCCCAUCACGCUGCUCAACUGCGACUUCAAGAUGGUGUCCAAGGCCGUCAGCGCCCGCCUGCAGCCCGCCCUGGAUGCAGUUGUGGAUGAGCUGCAGACCGCGUUCAUCACCGGCCGCUGGAUUGGAGACAACGCGCUGUACCUCCAAGGCCUGAUCGAAUGGAUGCGCCUGGACGUGGGCGCGGACGGCACGCCACGGCAGGGUGGUGCGCUGUACUUCUUGGACAUUGAAAAGGCGUAUGACCGGGUGCACCGGCAGUGGCUGUAUGCGUCCGCAGAGGGACUGGGGUUUGGGCCGCGCAUGCUGCGCUGGAUCCGCCUGCUCACUGCCAACGGCUCUGCCCGCGUGUGUGUGAACGGGAUGCUCUCUGACGCCUUCCCAGUGCUGAACGGCUUGCCGCAGGGCAGCACCGCCUCACCACCCCUGUGGGUCAUCCAGAUUAUUUUUGAGGAAUCAUCCUUACAAGGUUGAACAGGGGCAGACGCGCUGCCCCCCUGCUGCCAGAAAGCAGCCUGGUCCCCGAGACCAGAACCCUGACAGGGCAAGAAGAGAAGAAGAGAGAAGAAAACAGAAAG